UAUUCUGCUAUUUCUAUAACUGGAUAUCUUGUGAAAGUGUCAAUUGCAACAUGGGGGAUAAGAAUCAAAUCGAGCAUAAUGGUGCUUUAUCUCAGUCAUUGGACAGUUUUCGGAAGAGAGGAAUCAUGUGUGAUGUAACAAUUAUCAUUGGAGAAGAAGAAUUUCCAGCCCAUAGACUUGUUCUAUCAGCUGCUUCAGAGUAUUUUGAAAAAAUGUUUAAUGUGGAGAUGAAAGAGAAUGUGACAGGCAGAGUAGAAAUGCAAGAGAUUAGUGUUCCCAUAUUCAAAAGUUGCCUUGAAUAUAUUUACACUGGAUUGAUCAACAUUCAUGCUGAUAAUGUUCAUGAGUUAUUGAAAGCAAGUGCACUGCAACAGAUACAAGAUCUGAAAAAGCUUUGUCUGAAUUUCAUGCAAGAGAAUUUGAGUGUGAAAACCUGCAUGGAAUCAUUCAACAUGUCGAAGCUUUAUGAGAGUGAUGAAUUGAGAGAAAGUGUUGAAGAUUUCAUGAUUAAAAAUUUUGAACAAGUCUCAAAAUGUUCAGACUUCAACAAGUUCAUGGAUGAGGCAUUCUUGGGGAAAAUCUUGACUUCAGAUGAAUUGAAGAUACCAAAUGAGAAGAUUCUGUAUGAAAUUGUGAUGUCUUGGAUCAAGUACGAUUCCGUGAAUCGAGAGGAAUUAUUUCCACAGUUAUUUCAGCAACUAAGAUUGAGUCUCCUGCCUGUGGAUUUUCUGUAUGCUGUCAUGAGUGAGGAAAUCAUUAGAAAAAAUGAAAAAUAUGUGAAGAUAAUACAAGAAGCCAUAGCACAGGUUUAUAUGGGAAAAGUGACUGAAAUGAGGAGAUCUGUUGAUAACUUCAUGGGCAAACGACUUUUAUUGAUGAAAAAAGAUGUGACGUUGAGUGAAAAUACUAUUUUGAGCUUUACGCCAGAAACAAAUACUUGGAAUAAUUUCCCUGGGGGAUCGGCCUUCUCUGCUGUUGCAUGUGCUGUCAUGGAUAACAAACUUUAUGCUGUCGGAUCCACUCUUGAAAUGAGCAUUUUGGAUUUGAACAAUAAUAAAUGGUCAACUGUUGAUGGUGAUGGUGUGAAUAGGGGAAAUUUUGCUCUUGCGGUUCAUCAAGGCGAUUUAUUUUUGGUUGGCGGUAACGAACCCGAUUAUCGCCGAUCCGUUUCUAGCUAUUCGCCGAUAACCCAACAGUGGAAGGAACAGCCCAGCAUGAUUAAACAAAGAUACCGUCUUACUUUAAAUUCAUUAGGAGGUGCUUUGUAUGCAUUUGGCCAUGAUGCUCCUGAGAAAUUUUUCAACAAUGUUUGGAGUCCAAUACAGGAUUGUGUUCACAGCUGUGACAUCAAAGUUUCUGCUGUAAAAGAUGGCUUGAUCUACGCUAUUGGCCAGUAUUGUGUACAUCCUCGAACUGAUGCAUUCAUGAACAUCUAUCAUCCAGCUGAUGAGUUUUGGUGUUGUCUGAAUGGCUUCACCCUUCCAACGGGAAUUUCUGGAUUUUGCAACCUCAGUGGUGAAUUAUACAUUGUUGGCAAUGAUGGUGAGCAGAAAACUUCAAUUAAAAGAAUUGAUUUAAAAAAGAAGUCUUCUAUCAUUGUCUCACAAAAGUUUGAAGAUUGGAGCAACGUUUGUUUGGUUGCUUAUUAAGUUUUUGUCAUAGCAAAUUGCUUGAUCAGGCUGAUAUAAUUUUUUAGCCUAAAACGUCUCCAAUAUUAUAUUAGAUUUCUCUUGCAUACUGAUAUUGAAUCAUUGUUUAGUUUUUUAUGUGAAUUAGUUUUAAAUCUCUCUUAGUUUUAGUCUAAAUUUUGUAAUUUUUAAAGGUAUUUUUCAUAAUUUUUAUGAAGUCUAUUUUAUGACUUUUCCAAAGGCUACAGAAAGCUAAUAUGAGAGUUUAUCAGACAUUGUAUAACUAUUGAAAAAAGGAUGAUGAUGCCAGUUUUCCUGAUUAUUAUGUUCCUAUUGUUAUUGUGUACAGAAGUUGCCCUCCGCAGAAAUGAUUUGACAUAAUGUUUUUAUAACUAAUCAAUAAUACUAUUUCAUUUUAAUAUAACAUUUCAAAUCAUUUCAUUAAAUAUGUGUUUACUUUUAUUUUGCUCAUAGUUUUACUGUGUUUACUUAUCAUUAAACGCAAACCAAUUUUGUAGCCUACCUUACUUGGCAAGGUUAAAACAAUUCUACCGUUUUCAUUGCUGUAAGCGCUUGUUAAUAAAGCACUUCUAUCUUUUACAUCAUUUAUUUACUUUCGCCAUGUACGCCAAUGGUACAUGUAAUUUGUAGCCAUGUUUUAGAGACUAUUUUUUUAGAGAUUAAUUCAAUAAAGCAUACAUGUAUAUGAGUUCCAAAAACAUUGAUACAAUCCUUGAGAUUGAGUUUGAUACCGGAAAUCCCACUUCGUCGCAGGGCGCCAUCAAAAUAAAGUUUUUUUUCUAAUAUAUGCAAUGUUACGUCAAACUUUAGUUUAUAGUCAUAUAGAUUAAGGAAUCAGGGUUGAAACAAUCCCCCAAUAUCACCACCAAAAGUUGACAGUGGCACUGUGCUUUCCCGAAAAUAAGACCUCGCCUGAUUUUUAAAAUGAUUUUAAUAUAUGCCUUGCCUUAAAUAAUACCUGGUGUAGGUGCAAAAAUCAGUUAAAUGAGAUAUUUAUUGAAAUUUAUGAAUCUAGCAAGACAAUAAAAUAGUUGAUGAUAUGGCCAUUUUUAAAUAAUAAAUGCUGAAAUGUUUUGCAGUUUUUUUUUGAUUAUCAGUUUCCAUAUUUUGUGUGUUGAAAGUCUCGUCAUUUUUUACUUUGAUAAAUAAAAGACAUUCCCCCAAAAUGAUCGCUAGUGUUGUUUUCCGAAUAAAAAUUGAAAUAAGACCCUGUCCUAUUUUGGGGGAAUCGCUUUGGUACAUGACAUUAUAGUUAUAAAUACAAUUGCCUGAUUAUAGUACUCGGUAUGAGGCGGGGUUGAUCUCCAGUCAUAACAUAUUUCCCAUUGUUCAAAUGUUGUACUCGCCACUUGAUGAAAAUGCUAAUAGACCAGAUAAACUAUUAGUGAAUUCUUUUCGCUACAUUUCAAAAAUCUGACACGCUCAAUUCACACAUAUGUAUUUAUAUUUUCAG